AAGCAACGAAAAUCAACGAGCCACCAUCUUUGACUUCCAAUUCACCUAAAAAACCAAUACAAAUCGACGGAUCGCCAUCUUUAACAUUAGCAAUUCCGAUAGCCAUUUAUAAUCAAGACUAUACUAAUAACUUUACAGCUAUCUAUAAUCAUCAAGAUUAUAGUAAUGACUUUACAACAGCCAUUUACAAUCAACAAGACUAUACGACAGCAACCGAUAAUAAAGAAGACUACGCUAAUUAUUCAGCUUAA